UUUCCUGCACAGAGGACAUGACAUGAGACGCAAGCAACAGAUGGUCAAUAGUGACUGUUAAGCAUUCAGCAAUGUGGAUUUUAAGAAGGUGUAUGAAGACAUUUGUUUCAAGACCUUUGAAAAGGUGGAGACAUCACGAUUCAAGAGAUACUAUAUUUUCCCUUUCCUCUGGCUAUGGAAAAUGUGGUGUGGCAGUGAUUCGGACCAGUGGCCCUUCCAGUCAGCAGGCACUACAGCAGUUAACCAAAUUGCAGACAUUGCCUCCUCCAAGGCAAGUCACCCUAACAUCGAUUAUUUGUCCAACAUCUGGAGAGCUGUUAGACAGGGGACUGGUGGUGUGGUUUUCAGGUCCACGUAGCUUCACAGGAGAAGACUGCUGUGAAUACCAUGUACAUGGUGGACCAGCUGUGGUCAGUGGCAUACUACAAGCUUUGGGACAUUUAAAAACUCUCCGCCCUGCAAAGCCAGGAGAAUUUACAAAGAGAGCUUUUCAAAAUGGGAAGCUAGAUCUAACUGAAGUAGAAGGUCUGGGGGAUCUUAUCCAUGCAGAAACUGAAGUUCAAAGGCGACAAGCAUUACGCCAGAUGUCUGGAGACCUUGGACAACUAUAUCACAGAUGGAGCAAUCGAUUGAUUCGGGCAUUGGCUCAUGUUGAAGCCUUUAUAGAUUUUAGUGAAGAUGACCAUAUUGAAGAAGGUGUUCUGUCCGCAGUUGAUGAAGAAGUAGAAAAGCUUCAGAAAGAGCUGGAGGAGCAUCUCAAGGACAACCGCCGAGGAGAGAGACUGAGAGAUGGGGUGCAGGUGGUUCUAGCAGGAGCUACUAAUGCAGGGAAAAGUAGCCUGCUUAAUUUAAUAAGCCAAAAGCCAACAGCCAUUGUUUCUUCCAUUCCUGGCACCACCCGAGAUGUAUUGGAGACCACACUGAACAUUGGAGGUUAUCCCAUUAUUAUGAGUGAUACUGCAGGAUUGCGAGAUUCUGAAGACCCAAUAGAGCAAGAAGGAGUCAGACGUGCCAAGGCAAGGGUCACUGAAGCAGACAUUCUUGUAGCUGUAGUUGAUGUGAGCAAUAGUUCCCUCUCUCAAGACUUCAUUUUGGCCCAUCUGCAUAGCAUGUGCUUCAGCGUACAGGAGGAUGGUCCAAGGAAUGUCAUUGUAGUACUGAACAAGAUGGAUUUGCUGAGCCAAGACAAUUUGUCUACUGUGCAGGAGCUAUGCCAACAACAUGGCCUGCCACCAAUAUGUCUGUUGUCCUGCCAUACAGAUGAAGGGAUUGGUGACUUCUUAAGCAUCCUCAGACAGACUUUAGAAACCAUCUAUGGUGACCCUCUUCAGGGAGCUCCAACAAUAACUCAGACUCGUCACAGGUUUCAUCUCACUGAAUGCCUAGAUGCACUGAGACGCUAUGAUGUCCAUCGGCAACAAGAUUUGGUUUUGGUUGCUGAGGAACUGCGUAUUGCCCACAGACAGCUCGGCACUAUCACAGGAAGGGUAGGGGCAGAAGAAAUUCUGGAUAUUAUAUUUUCGGAUUUCUGCAUUGGAAAGUAACUACCCACUUUAUUUGUGUCACAUUGACAUAUGCUAUAUCCUUUCAAAUUUAACUUUUUUGGGACCACCAGAAUACAUCAUCUACUAAUGUGUUCUGAAGCAAGCUGCUUUUGCUUACCUUUACCUUAAUGGAUUCGUUUGUAUGUAUAUUGUAUGGCUUCAUGUAUAUUUUUAGUCAUCUAUUGAACAAUUUGACAAUUGCUACUUGGAAUACAAAAAGCAUAACUAGUUACAACAUUUCAUGCAGUUACUUUAAUGUGAUUAAAAUGUUUUUUUAUAAUUGCA